GUAUGUAUCUCUUUCCCGCUUCCAACACUCGAGUUAGAGAAAGAACAGAAGCAGCUCCCUGCAAAACCCUUUGAACAUUACAUUAUUAGGGUUUUAAGCUAUCAAUUUUGCACUCUCUUCUUCUUCUUCUUCUUCUCCCUCUUAUCAUAAUGGCCUCUUGCACUUCCCUUUCUCUUUGUUCUCACAUCUUCUGUUGCCGCCACCGGCCUUACCCCACGCGCCGUUCUCUUUCUUGCUCUCUCUCCUCUUCUUCCAUCCCCGAUACGGAUGGACCUAAAGUUCUGCGUAAAAGAUCGAGAAGGAUAGAAGGUCCUAGAAAAAGUAUGGAAGAUUCUGUUCAACGCAAGAUGGAGGAAUUUUAUGAAGGACGGGAUGGGCCACCCCUUAGAGUUCUUCCCAUUGGUGGGUUGGGUGAAAUUGGGAUGAAUUGCAUGCUUGUUGGCAACUAUGAUCGCUAUAUUCUCAUUGAUGCUGGUGUCAUGUUUCCAGACUAUGAUGAGCUUGGGGUCCAGAAGAUCAUACCUGACACAACGUUUAUAAGAAAAUGGAGACACAAAAUUGAAGCAGUUAUUAUAACACAUGGUCAUGAAGAUCAUAUUGGUGCAUUGCCUUGGGUCAUCCCGGCACUAGAUUCUCAUACGCCAAUUUUUGCAUCAUCCUUUACGAUGGAGCUUAUAAGGAAGCGUUUGAAGGAUCAUGGUAUUUUUGUUCCGUCCCGACUGAAAGUUUUUAGAACGAGGAAGAAGUUUAUGGCUGGGCCAUUUGAAAUUGAGCCUAUCACAGUUACUCAUUCUAUUCCUGAUUGCUGUGGCCUAGUGCUCCGAUGUUCUGAUGGUACCAUUCUUCACACUGGGGAUUGGAAGAUUGAUGAAAAACCGUUAGAUGGAAAAGUUUUUGAUCGUGAAGCUCUAGAGGAACUUUCUAAAGAAGGAGUCACGUUGAUGAUGAGUGAUUCAACAAAUGUACUCUCACCUGGAAGGACAACCAGUGAAUCUGUUGUGGCAGAUGCGCUAUUGAGGAAUAUUUCAGCUGCUAAAGGACGUGUUAUAACGACCCAGUUUGCAUCAAAUAUACAUCGUCUUGGAAGUGUAAAAGCUGCUGCUGAUUUAACUGGUAGAAAGUUGGUAUUUGUUGGCAUGUCGCUAAGAACAUAUUUAGAUGCAGCUUGGAAGGAUGGAAAAGCUCCAAUUGAUCCAUCUACUCUGGUGAAAGCGGAGGAUAUUGACGCUUAUGCACCAAAAGAUUUGCUAAUUGUUACAACGGGGUCUCAAGCAGAACCACGUGCUGCCUUAAAUCUUGCAUCUUAUGGAAGUAGUCAUUCUAUCAAGCUGACAAAGGAGGAUAUUGUGUUGUAUUCAGCCAAGGUUAUCCCUGGCAACGAGUCUCGUGUUAUGGAAAUGCUAAACCGCAUAUCAGAUAUUGGAUCAACUAUAAUUAUGGGGAAGAAUGAAUGUCUGCACACAUCUGGCCAUGGGUAUCGUGGAGAAUUGGAGGAAGUGCUUAGAAUUGUGAAGCCACAGCAUUUUUUACCCAUACAUGGAGAACUCUUGUUCUUGAAGGAACAUGAAUUACUUGGAAAAUCAACUGGCAUUCGGCACACUACUGUUAUUAAGAAUGGAGAGAUGCUUGGUGUUUCUCAUUUGAGAAACAAAAGAGUCCUUUCCAAUGGUUUCACCUCACUUGGAAAAGAGAAUUUCCAGUUGAUGUAUAGUGAUGGUGAGAAAGCAUUUGGUACAUCAAGUGAACUCUUUAUUGAUGAAAGAAUGAGAAUUGCAUUAGAUGGCAUCAUAGUUGUUAGCAUGGAAAUAUUUCGCCCACAAAAUUUAGACAGUCCAGUUGAGAACACCUUAAAAGGAAAAAUAAGAAUUACCACAAGAUGCCUGUGGCUUGACAAGGGUAAGCUGUUGGAUGCACUCCAUAAAGCUGCUCAUGCUGCCCUUUCAAGCUGCCCUGCAAGCUGUCCCCUGGCUCAUAUGGAAAGAAUUGUGUCUGAGGUGUUGAGAAAAAUGGUGAGGAAGUACAGUGGCAAGCGGCCUGAAGUUAUUGUCAUUGCUGUAGAAAAUCCUGCAGCUGUUCUUGCUAAUGAGAUAAAGACGAAGCUGUCUGGAAAAUUCCAUGUGGAUGGGACACCGACAUUGAGAAAAGUGCUGGAUGGACAUGGGAAAGAAAAUCAGAAAACCAAAACACAAAUAAGAGAUCGAAUUGAUGUAGGGGGUAUACUACCUAUUGAAGACAAUGCUAUCUCAAGUGGAGUUGAGGAUGAUUUGUCUGAUGCGGAGGUUUCAAACGAUUUUUUUAAACCACUUGUUGGAUCCUCUCCAGUUGAGAAGUCAAUUAAAGCUAACAAUGGUUAUGUACCACAAAUGGAGAAGUCAUCCCCUUUGAAGGAUGGUAGUUCUGAAGACACCGAAGAAUGUAAUUCCGUAAAUACAUCAAAUUCUGAACCUAAAUCUUCAAAAUCAGCAAAAAGAAAUAAAUGGAAACAUGAAGAAGUUAAGAAGCUGAUUGGCAUGCGUGGGGAGUUGAAUGACCGAUUUCAAGUUGUUAAAGGAAGGAUGGCCCUCUGGGAAGAAAUAUCUCAGAAUUUGUUGUCUAAUGGGAUCAGCAGAAGUCCCGGCCAGUGUAAAUCUCUGUGGACAUCUUUGUUACAGAAAUACGAGGAGGUGAAGAAUGAGAAAAAUGGCAAGAAAUGGCCGUAUCUUGAGCAAAUGGAAAGGAUUCUGUCCGAUAGCGAGACACUGGCAUCUAAAUGAUCAGUAAGGUGGUAUAGCAGACAAGAAAAAUCUGCAAGAGUUUUCUGCAUUAUGAUUGGUAAUAUGUCUGAACAUGGUCGCUGGGAAGCUAAUACGCUAGCUGCAUAAUUCUUGCAUCUUGAACUCGUUCAUCGAAUAGCCAUUUUUUUUAUGAGACGGACAGCAUUAAUUAAAGGCAUUGACAUUUUACGUUAGCAACAAGUUAAUGAGAAGACCAUACUGAUUCCGGUGAUGAUUUAUACCCGUCUUCCCAAGGCUCCUCACCCAGUGACAGCAUUGUAGGGUCUUUUCGAUUGGUACUGAGCGGUUAACAUGGUGUAACGCGUCAAACUACAUCUUUAUGUUACUUAUCAUAAUUGAUUUCAUUAUUUUUGUUAGUGGCACCUUCUUGGUAUUAAACAACUAUUUAUUUUGCAUCCUGACCA